UGGGUCGCCUGCGCUCGGAAUUGCUUCGGCGACGCUCGGUCGCGCUCGGCCCGAUUCGAACGCGCCCACCGACUCCCGCCACGCGCUCGACGCGGCGGUCAGUCGGUCGAUUGUACGCGACACGCGAGGGUCGCGAAAAACCGCGAGGAGCCGCGAGAAUUCGCGAGAGGCACGGCCGCGCAUGCGACGAAGACACGGAGGAGCUCGCGAUAGAGCGGCUGGAUAAAAACUAUCGGACGGAAACGCAGCGUUUAUAGCGAGACGGAGAGGAUCCGGUGGAUUUUCUAUCGUCGUCGUCGCCGUCGUCGUCGGCACAACUGCGCAGAGACAAAGUUGAUCUCUCCUCUCGAUUGAGAGCGCCGAGAGAUCGAUCCUCGCGCGCGAGGACGACAGCUGUCAAAAGUGUGGAGCCGCCAGCGAUCGAGAUAUGGUCUACGGAGGAGGAUUCGACAUGGUGGAGACGAUGCCGCAAACGGUGCCCACCGCGGCCGGCUACUCGCCGUCGUUCGACUACAGCACUUUUCAGUUCGAUCUGUCCCUCUUGCCGGAGGAUUACAGCCCGGUCGGCGAUCAGCUCGGUCUGAAGAGUUCGCAGAUCAAGCAGGAGGCGUGUUCGCCGCGUCCGGGAUCUCCCACGAUCUACCAGAGCCCGCCGUAUCAGAACGGUGACCUGUCGUUGUCGCCCAACUAUUCGCACGAGGGAUCUUCGCCGGGAUACCCGACGAGCCCGUACUACGUACCUAGGAGCCCCCAAAGCGCCCAGUUUUAUCCCAUCAGCCCGGAACCGUCGGCCAAGCAACCGGUCAAGAGGGAAAAGAGCCUCGAUCUCUUGGCCAUCCUUCAAGAAUCUAGACUCUUAGCCGAGAGUCUGGGCUACCGCGAGGACUCGACCGAUUGCACGGUGCCUUGCACUCCACCCCGUAGCGAGGAGGAUAUCUAUAAUAGCCUGGACGCGGAUUUUCUGCCGAAGAAGGAGGACACUGGCGUGCAGGCUCAUCCGUUGCUUAAGGAGAUUCUCUUCAAGGAAGAGCCGCGUUCUGUUUCCAGCAACGGCUCAUCUUCGUCCUCUUCCUCCUCCACCUCUUCCUCCACCUCGUCCUCGCCCAGCCCUUCGUGCGAGUUCGAGAGCAACGGAUCGGCGUUGCGCGAACUUCUCUUCAAGGGCGUCACUCGCAAGGAGAACCUAGGGGAGAUGCCCGACAAGCUGAGCGAGCUCAAGGUGGAACGAUCGCAGGAGGAGCUAGUGAAUCCGCUGCAAAAAGAGGAGCAACUCUUCAAGGACGGUCAGAAGAGCGAUCAUCAGCUGCUGCGUGAGGUGCUGAGGGAUACCAGCUUCCAGAGGAAGUACAAUCUGAGACCUGUCGAUCUCGGCGGUGUCGGCACCGGCUACGUCGAGGACAUGGAGGCUGGUGAGUGCGUGGGCGACCUCGCUCGCGAACAGCUCGAGCCGGUCCUCAGUCUGGCCAUCCAACAAUUGCAGAAGGACUUUGACAAUACUUGCGUAGCCCUCGGCAUUCAUCCAGAACCGAGACGCUGGAGUGCAGCAGACGUGGCGGCCUGGGUGCAAUGGGCCAGACGACAAUUGCAAUUGCCGCUGGUGCCGUUGGAGAGUUUUAAUGUGGAUGGCGCGACGCUAGCUGCCCUCACCGAGGAGGAAUUUUGCCAGAGAGCUCCCCAGUGCGGGAGCAUGUUGCACGCGCAGUUGGAGAUUUGGAAGGCCGCUGUUGAGGAGUCACCGCGGAACACUCUGGCCGCUUCUUGGAGUCCUGCGGGAGUGGUCCAGUCUCCCAGCAGUGCCGUGGCAUCGCCGACUAUCGGAAAUACGACAACGACGGGCAACCUCAAGGAAUCCCCCUGCACUGUAGACUUCUCAGAUGACGAAGACGAGGAUUGCGCUUCCGGUCAGGGCGCGAGUGGAGGCAGCGCAGGUGGCGGCAAGAUGCGCAACGGUGGCAGCCACAUCCACCUGUGGCAAUUUUUGAAGGAACUACUGCAGAGUCCGAGUGUCCACGGCUCUUGCAUACGUUGGCUAGAUCGCGGCAAGGGAGUCUUCAAGAUCGAGGACUCGGUCCGGGUGGCGCGGCUCUGGGGCAAGCGGAAGAACCGGCCGGCCAUGAACUAUGACAAGCUCAGCCGCAGCAUUCGACAGUACUACAAGAAGGGCAUCAUGAAGAAGACGGAGCGCAGCCAGAGAUUGGUGUACCAGUUUUGUCAUCCCUACUGCCUGUGAGGAGUUCUCUUCCCACUCUUCUCCCUCCCCAAGAAUCCUCUUUGAGCCCCCUUUUUCGCGCGCGCGCACCUGCGAUCCUUCGGAGCGAGUGACUUCGGGAUGAGCCCAGCACGAGGAGAUCGAAAGGUAACAAAUUUCGAGACGACGAUCCGCCGUGCUCGAUGUUAUCCGUGACGAUAACGCCGAGGCCACGACCGGGUCUGCUUAGUACGCCCGUUUUGGGCGACCACUUUCGCCUUAUGUUUAUUCCUCUCCUUUGUUCUUUUUCUUUUUUUUUCUUUCUUUCUCUGUUUCUUGCAUUGUUUUUUCGAGUUUUCCCUCUUCUGUCAAUAAUAAUAUAUAUAAGCAUGUGCGAUUUCUCUUUCUCUUUCUCUUCUUUUUCUCUUUCUCUUUCUCUCUAUCGAAUCGUUCCUGCGCUUCGAUGAAGUUCUCUCAUCGUGAAGCGAAGAUGCGAGCGGGUAGAGAUUCGCCAGAGAAAAGGGAAGAAAUGACUCUUUUCUCUCUAUUCUCAUGAUCGCUUGUCGGCACCAGUUGUCGGAUGUCCUCGAAUUGUCCGAGCAAUGCGCACGAUGUAUAUAUAAUCGGGAUAUUUUGAGCGCGCGGAACUAUUCGCUGCUGCUUCUGAUAUCCGUUCUCUCGAUGGAAGUGACGAAACAAAGAGGGAACAUUCUAUUUUUUAUACUAAACAUUUUUUUCUAACCGCUACAAUCACCAUCCUUCCGUGCUUACGUCGCGACCGAUAUGUAAAAAGAUAGAAAUCUAUCAAAGAAAUAUCAAAUCUUUGAAAUAUAAUUGCCUGAUCGAAUAUUAAUCGUCUAAUAAUGUCAUUUUAAUCGACAUUUUUACAAUUUUAUAAUCUGUCGGCACGCGCGAAGUUCGCGAAAAUAUUUUUAUCAUCUAAGAAGGUAUUUAUUAAGUCGUCGAGAGCGUGCCUUAGACACGUGCCGUGGGCAUCGCGAAGGAUGGGAAUUUCGCUCGAUCGAAAUCGCGCCCGUAGAUCAUCGAUCGAGAGCUUGCCGUUCGAGAGAAUAAUUAAUCGGCGAUCGUGUUACGCUCGAGGCGUCCUAGACGCAACGACUGGUGCUGGUGAUUUUGGUCCCAUAUAUCUAUGAUAUAUUAAAUGCUGUAUGUUCCAUGAACGAUUAGGCUUUAAGAUGACUUAUUAUUAGCUACGUAAGUGUAUCGGGGCUCACGUGAGCCAUCCUUAGGUUACUCGAAGAGAUUCAUCUAUCUUCUUUCUUUCAUAUUUUCCUCUCUUUACGCGUCAUUAUGACGUCGACAUCGCGUCCAUUUCUUGUGCUUGUAGUUUGUAUGAGCCUUUCUCGCGCAUUGUAUUUUAUGCAGCUUUUCGUAACGCGUAUUAUUUUCUUUUAUUAUUAACAGCAUUUUUUCAUUUUAGCAUUUUUUCAUUUCUAUCGCACAAAUUAUCAGAAUAAUAUCCAUUCGCAUAAUUAAUUUAUAUUUUUCUCUGUUGCUUUCCUUAAGAAACCACUAUAUCUUUAUAUUUGAACGAAUGACUCUUUCGAAAGAAAAUAUUUUAGCAAGCUCGUUAUUGCAAUUUCGAAUAUGUUAUUUUAUGCAUAUAAGAUACGAUUAACAUGAUUAAUUUUGCGAAUUUUUCAACGUAGUUAAGUAUAGGACUCAUACUAACGUGUUCACGUUUGCUCACCGAUCGGUUGUACAUAUAGAUGUUAUGGCAUAAUCAUUUUAUUCGUUUUAUCUAUUUAUAUCCGAAUUUAUAUUUUAGAUAAGAUAUAUAUAACAUAGAGAUGUAUAAUAAUUUUAUUGGGAAGUUCUUUAGCAAUUAACAUCAACUUCAUCUUGUCAAUUUGCUUAUGCAAAGUAAUGUCACGGGGACUACGCGGUCGUUUCUCGAUCGUACAAGGGUGCAAUUAAUGAAGAGUGCAAUUAUAUCCGUGCAUUCAUUACUUCAUCGGACUUGAAUUAUUCUCAACUCAUUAUGACGCCAUUAUUUAAAAUUGUGAUGAGUAGAAGAAAAAUAAGAAUGAAAAUUAUUUUAUUAAAUUUUGAAAUAUUAAAAGGAAUGAAAUUAAAAUUUAUUUUUUUAUAAAGUAUCGAUAUUGCCAAGUUUCACCCUAUCAUUGCAGUUAAAAAUUCUUUAUUUUUUUCAUCCGCUUAAUGACAAGACUGCUAAUUUUAUUUACGUAUUUAUUGAGACGAAUUGACACUUUUCGAGUAAUAAUUCUUUAUUAAUGGCGUUUGGGCUGCUGAAAGAUUCGACUCGAAUUUGUUUCGAAUGCAGAAACUGAAGCCAAAGAACACAUGGCGAGGUGAAACGAGCGAAUGCCAGGUAGUUCUAUCGAGGAAAUGGAUUUACUCGCGUAAUUAGAUCGUAAAGUGCGCUUCCACGGCUGUUAGAUUUCUACGACACGUGCAUUAUUUUUUUUUAUGCGGCCUGGCAUGGAACGCUCGUCAAAUUGGAAGUAGACCGAGGCGGGAUCUCAAAACUCGACUGUAAUAAAUUGUGUGUGAAAUUGAAAAAAAUGUAUUUUAAAUGUUAAUCGAUGUUUAUAAAUUAACUCAUAUUUCUUUCAAUUUUUUGUCGAAAAGUGUAACAGUCUUAAUAUUUUACUUACUCCAACAAGAACCAUUAUACCAAUUUUUCAUCUUACUUUAUAUAAAACUAUUAAUUAACAUAAACAACAUAAAAAAGUUUUUUAUAAAACUCUCUUGCUGAAACAACACGAGUUUUAAAGUCGCUAAAAAUUUACAUUUACAUGUUGAGAGUCACCUGCAUCCCAUUUCGUGCCAGGCUCCACCAUAUACUCGUACAUACUGUAUAUUUUAUAAGUUUAACGGUAGUUAGCUUUUCAAUUUCACGAUAAAACCCGAAGGCGGGGAAGAUUUAUCCCCCGAAGAUUAAUCCCGGUAUAACUACAAUAAUAGAAAGGAACAAAAUUGAAGAGCGCGGUUAAUUUUGCACACUCAGGUAAGGAAACGGGAAAUCAUAAAAUUGGUCGAAAUAACAGUGUAAAUAACAUCGAAUAGAUCCCAAUCGCGCAAUGUGGUUGCACAGCGCAGCUCUUGUUAUGUAUAUUUAUAUAAUCAAUUAUUUAUUAAAUUAAUACCUCUUAAAAUAAAAUUGUAUAAGAUAAGAAAAUUGCGUUAAGAAGAAACAAUUUUUUUCUUUGAUUAACAUAU